CAUGUAUUAUCUGUUGCAUGUAAAGUGGUGAAGAAAAAACACAUAUCUGAACAAUUCUGGGAGUUGGGUCAAGACACAGGAGUAUAUAUAUUAUUGCAAUCAUUGUGCAGCAGAUUUCCACUGGAGUUUAGUCCUUUCAUAAGACUGUGUAUAUCACUGAGUGAGUGUGGUGCGGAGAAGAUAUUCCAUUAUUUAGACGGUUUAUCGUCAUACAUCGAGUUAUUGGAUAACAACAGGGCUGAUAGUAUUGAUACUAUAUCUGAUGGACAAUGGCAAUUACAGAGAGAUAAAUUCAUCUACAGACCAGACAGCAAUACAUCUGGUUUAGUAAUACCUAAAGGAACACUUGGCACACUGUAUGAUGAGAAUCCAGGUUUACCUUAUAUUGUGUGGGAUUGGGAAUACAGUGCUUGGCAGUUGAUACUUUGUAAAAUUGAUGAUCUUUUGAGAAUUGCAAGACACAAUAUAGAAUUAUCGCCAUUGAGUCUGGUGAAUGAUGUGAAAUACGCAAUUGAUCUUGUUGGUCACAUGGUACAGUCUGACUUCUCAUUAGCAACCAGGCUGCAACCAAUCAUAACCAGAAUAUACCCACUAGUACAAAGAUUCAAUACUGGUAAUGGUGUUACUCUAGAUAUGAUAUCAUCUUGUGUAAAAUGUCUGGUAACCUUAGCACAGCAUGAACCCCAUAAGGUAUGGAAAGAUCUUCAACAAACUGGUUUUCUACCAUAUACAGGACGUGUCUAUUCGGAUGUUGCCAUGGCAGCAAGCGGAGCGGGUAUAUUUCCUGGUAACUAUGGUAACUUGUUGGGUAACCAGGAGAGACAAGUUGGUCAAUAUCCUGUGACAAAAGAGUUUCUCUGCCUUCUAUCAACUCUCAUUAAGGGUUUGUUCAGCAAGCAGAGUGUAGAAAUAUCUCAAGAUGUCUUGGCAUGUGUUAUAUUUGUACAAUGGGAAAUCUUUGCUUCAUUUCAUAAGUGGAGGUACAUGGACAUCACUGAAAGAGAAGAAAUAGGAAAAAGAAGUCUUGAGAUCUUUCACAAUGUCUUACAUGUCUCCCCUGUAGUAUUUGGUGACUCUGAAGUUAUUGGUAAAAGAUCAAGUGUUGCUGUACGAGACGCUGUAGUUCAUGGUUUACUACAUACCAAUGCAGGGGAAACGUUGUUGCAUAUAUUAGCCACUGGAGUUGAUGCUAUUGAGUUAAGAUUGAUAGAAUAUGGCAGCUUUCUCAACAAUCCAGCACAGGAUUUGACUCAGCUUAUUAAGUUAGCAUUCUCGGUUGUAAAUAGACUAUUAAUAUUAAAACCCAAUCAAGAUAUUAUGUCACCUUUGGAACAGGAAUUAACAGAGCAACAUAGAACUGUAUUGCAAGACACUCCAUUAAUUGCUACAAUUGCUAGCUAUAUCUACCAUAGACAUGACCCAAGAUUACCAACAUUAUCAACUUUGUUGCUUAAAAGAUUAGCUAUGGUUGCUCCAAUGUCAAUUUAUGGUUCACUUGGUAUUCAAGUAGAAGCACUUAAAGAUGCUUAUCAAUCAAGAUUAGAAGCAUUAACUGAGGAUACAAGAUUAAAAGUGGUAAUAUUGGAGUUCUUGACAGUUGCUGUAGAAACACAGCCUGGUUUGAUUGAAUUGUUUUUAGACCUAGAAGUCAAAGAUUUAAGUAGACUGAAUGCUACUGAAGUGAAAUCAACGACAGAAAAGGAAAUCAACCUUGGUAAAUGGAGUAUAUUACAAAUAGUUUUGGAUAUGAUAGAGUCUAAUAAACAGGGUACGACGCAUUGUCCACCAGAGUUACAUGCUGCUUGCUUAUCAUUUCUUUACUCAUUAUGGCAAGAUAGGAGAGAUACUGCUAUGUCUGUUCUCAGAAAAAGACCACAGUUUUGGGAGAAUGUUACGACUCCACUAUUUAAAGAUCUAACAUUGUCAACAGAUAUUGGCACUAAGGGUAUUAGUGCUGAAGUAAAAACAGUGGCAUAUGCAAUGAAGAUAAUAUCCUCAGAGAGUUAUUAUAUAGCAAGUGGAUCAUUGGAUAAAGAUUUCAAGGCACAAUUACAAAAACUUCAACAAGAUAACAGAUAUGUUUACUGGUCACAG